AUGGAUCAAAGCACAGCUCCCAUCGUCCCUUAUGUGUACAUUAAGCACACUGGUAUAGUGCGAGACGCCAACCCUGUCAGAGUGGUUAGCUCCUGUUACCUGGAGAUCUACACCUUCCCCUUUGACGUCCAGAACUGCACCUUCACCUUCAGAUCCUACAUCCACCACGUGUCGGACAUAAGGAUUAUUUUAGGGAAGACGGUGGAGGACAUCCUGAAACGCUCCAUUAGCGUGUUGUCCACUGAAGGGGAGUGGGAGCUGAUGGACAUCAAAUCCAGCAAGAUCAAGUUAUCAACAUUCAAUCAGGGGGAAAGCAACCCCUAUGAUGAGCUCUGCUUCUAUAUUGUCCUGAGGCGCAGAGCCACCCUCUACGUGGUGAACCUCCUGAUCCCCAGCUGCUUUCUCAUCACUGUGGAUCUCUUCAGCUUCCUGCUGCCUCCCCAGAACGUGGACCGCUCCUCCUUCAAGAUGACCCUAAUUUUGGGCUACUCCGUCUUCCUGCUCAUCGUGAAUGACCUUCUUCCCGUCACAGGAAGCACCAUUCCACUGAUAAAUGUGUUCUUCGCCAUCUGCUUGGCUCUGAUGGUGGCCAGCCUGCUGGAGACUAUUCUCAUCACCAACCUCCUGGUCGCCCCCUGUAACUUCUGCCCAGUGCCUGGCUGGGUCCGAGUGCUCGUCCUGCGCUUCAUGGGCACCCUCGUCUGGCUGCCUCAGAAAUCCAGAGAGGACAAGAUCAUCCUCAAUCCAGUUGCAAGAGGAGAGGUUCAAACAGGAGAACCAGGUAAGAUGUGGGCAGAGGCAGGCGAUCCAGCCCUGGCGGAGCUGAGGAAUCUGGGCAAUGAGCUCCAGUCCAUCCGCCUCCAUGUGGCCCAGCAUGUGGACGGGAACCAGAUCUCCCAGGAUUGGAUGCAGGUGGGCUACAUCAUAGACCGGCUGCUGUUUGGCGUCUACUGCAUCUUCAUCACCUUCAGCUUCAUCGUCAUCCUCAGCAUCUGGAGUAAUUCGUACAACCAGUGAUGUACUGGUUAAAAAAAUAGGUGGGUCAAUGUCAUUCAUUGUGAAUAAAGUAAAGAUCCUUGUAAUUUCUAACCAUUUUUCCAUGAUAAGUGGCUAAAUGGUUGUGUUAAAAUACAAAAUGUGAGGAAAUAGUGCUUACACCACUGCGUACAAGUCUCCCAUGUUGUCAACUGCUGCUGAGAUUUAAAAACAAUUACCUUAA